AAUACUCGUAUUUACUUGUAUCGGAACAUCCCUAAGCUCUAGUAGCACAUCAAAACAUACUCUUCCUGGAUGAAGUCAUUUCUGCAGUAGUUUUCUUCAGUUUUAUUCAUUCAGGAUUAGCCCAGAAAAAUGCCGCUUUAUGAAACAGUAAUGCAGGAGAAACCACCUGUAGUUCUAGACAUCGGAACUGCAUAUACCAAGCUGGGUUUUGCUGCAGAGGCUUAUCCACGUAAGAUCAUACGGACAGAGGUCAUACUCUCCAGUAGUGGCCAAACAAAAGCUUUAUUAGAAUAUGCUAGCACAAGUGAUUUAUACGAUCAAUUUGUUGAUUACUUGCAAAUGAUUUUCUUCAAGCACUUGCUUGUUAUACCAAAAGAGCGGAAGAUAGUGAUUGUCGAGAAUGUGCUGGGACAAACAUUAAUACGUGAAACUCUCGCGCGUGUUUUGUUUCGCCAUUUUGAGGUGUCAUCUAUUAUGUACGUGCCUUCGCAUAUGAUUGCACUGGCCACACUCGCUGUACCUACCGGCGUUGUGGUUGACAUCGGCUAUUCUGAAACGACUGUGAUGCCAGUUUACUGCCGCGUUCAAAUCCUACAAGCAUUCCAAGAUCAAGCUUACGGAGGACGCGCUAUACAUGCAGAAAUCAAACGACAGCUUUUGGAAGCAGGUGUAAAAGAAAAAUAUCUUACUGAGUCUGUAUUAGAAGAUAUUAAGGUGCGUACCUGCUUCGUAACGAAUUUCAAACGAGCCAAGGCCUACCGCAGCAGUCAAACACCAGUUCGACGCUCAUUAAUCGAAAGUAUUUUUGUGGUAGGAGGUGGCGCUAUUAUUAUGGGAUUGCUGUCACGUCUAAGAGCCGAAAUGCAGUAUUUAGCAGAAAAGGAUGAAGAAUACAAUAAGAAACUAUGUGGCGAUAUCAAAUUUAAAUUUCAUAAAACAAUCGGGAGAGAAAACUUUACAGCCUGGCUGGGCGGCUCGCUUUGCGGCGGUACUGAUCUCAUACAAACGCAUUCGCUUACCAAGGAAGCAUACGUGAAGAGUGAUCGCGUACCAGACUGGAUUAGCUUAGCAGAUAAACGUUCGACAGGAUCAUAAGCCAAAGUAAAACAGUUGAAUUUCUAACGUUCUACAAUCCGUACUCGCAUACUAAAUUAGGCAUACAUCAUUAUUUAAUAGAACACAUCGCACAUCUUCAAAAGAGGCACAACUGAAAAAUCAGAUCCGAAAAUAUAACCAUUAUACAAAAACAAGUA